CGCGCGAAUCGGAAAGAACACACAGGUUGACAGAAUUGAAUCAUUACUAAAAAGCAAAAACAAAACUGGACACAACAAAAAAAGUGUCAUACUGCGAAAAACGUACUGCGAAUAUAGAAAGGCGAUUGAAACGUGCGGUGAUCGCACUGAUAUCUCGGAAGUGCAGUGAACAAUACCUGAAAAACAGUCACAACAUAGCCCCAUAAAUAUUGUAUAUAAUAAAUGCGCACCAUAUACAGGUGCAUGCAACGUGAAUAAAAUUUAGUAUUACUAAAAAAUCAUACGUGAACGCCUACAUACGUAACAGUACACACACACAUACUGAGUAACUACUGUAUUUUGUUAUAAAUUGAUUCUGAAGUGUUCCUACUAUCUGUGAUAAGAAGAGUUUAUGAAAAAGUGAAGUGGUUGGAAAAUACGAUAAAUCAAAACAGUAGCCAUUCAUUAUUUUUAAAUGGAUAGCAAAUUGGAGAAAAAUGAAAGCGAUACGCAACCCAAAGGUUGGACUCCGCUGCUGGCGUUGGUAUGUGUCGCAACCACUUUUGGUACUGCAAUACCCGUAGGCUAUUGCCUCGGUGUUAUGAAUACACCAGCUGAGUAUAUUAAAUCCUGGUGCUUGGAUGCCUUUGUGAUACGUUAUGACGAGCAUCUAACUUCAGCGCAACUUGAUCUGAUUUGGUCGGUGAUUGUGUCGAUAUUUCUUAUAGGCGGAAUUUUCGGCUCAUUUAUAGCUGGUGGAUGUUGCAACCGAUUUGGAAGAAAGGGAUCUCUGCUGGUCAGCGCCUUUCUGUUAACUCUCUCUGGCAUUCUUCUACACUUUUGCCGCAUGACAAACUCUGUGGAGAUGCUUCUAAUCGGACGCUUUACCAUCGGCGUUGCAGCAGCGAUCACUUACACAGUUCAUCCAAUUUAUUUACUCGAGAUUUCGCCCACUCAUUUGCGUGGCAGUGCGGCGGUGUUUACAUCCAUCGGAGUGACCGGCGGAAUUUGUGUGGGACAAGUUUUCAGCUUGCAACAAGUUUUCGGUACCGAGGAACUUUGGCAGUUUGCACUCAGUUUCUACACCGUCUUUGUGAUCGUUAGUUUCUUGCCGGUUUAUUGGUUUCCAGAAUCGCCACGUUGGCUCUAUUUGAUGCGUCAGAAUGAGCAGGCAGCACGCAAUGAGCUGCAACGUUUGCGUGGCAAAAAUUCAGAUGCUUGUGUGAAUGCCGAAAUCGCUGACAUGAAAGAGCUGGCCACAUGCACGGCCAACGAGAAGAUGGGUUUUGUGGCGGUGGUGCGGAAUCCUGAAUACCUGUUGCCGCUGGUCAUUUGUUGUUCGUUUCCUUUGUGCCAACAAUUGAGUGGCAUUAAUGCGAUAUUCUUCUACUCGGUGAGAAUAUUCAUGAAGGGUGGCUUUUCAUUGGAGACUGCGACGUGGAUGAACUUUGGUGCUGGUCUUUUGAAUUUGGCAUUCGCUGCCGUAAGCCCGGUGAUGGUGCAAAAGUUCGGGCGCCGACCGCUAAUGAUGUCUUCAGCUGGAGGUUGUGGUCUGUCACUUCUCGGCAUGGCGUUUGCUUUAAAUUACAUUGAUCGCGUUGACUGGUUGCCCAUUCUAUGCAUUGCCUUCAUCGCUUCGUUCAUAUUCUUCUUCAAUCUGGGCUUGGCGCCUGUGCCAUAUUUUGUGGGCGCCGAGCUUUUUGAGGUUGAAUCGCGUUCGGUGGCCAUGUCAAUGGGUAAUUGCUUUUCAUGGAGUGGCAAUUUUAUGAUUGGCAUGUUCUUCCCCAUGUUGGAGGCUGUUUGGGGCUCUUACGCCUUUCUGCCUUGUGCUGCGAUGUGCCUGUAUUGUUUCCUCCUGACGUGGCGUUAUCUGCCCGAGACUCGCGGAAAAGAUGUUGCGGACGUAAAGCCAAUGAUGUCAAAAGGUUUUCGGUCAAAAGUUCAUUAAUCAGUGAUAUCUACUUUUGUAGUUUAGGCAAACCAAUAUUCUUGAAGGCAAUAGUGUGUAUGUAUGUAUAUAUGUAUAUGAAACAAUAUGUAGAUAUGUAUUCCUUGUUGUUAUUGUAAAACUUAAUUGUAAGUUCUUCGUCACUAUAAGUAAUUGCGUGUGCUCCUUGAGCAGAUAUUUGUAUAUAAAUAUUUAUUUAUUAAUUUCAUCUGCCACACAUCUUAAGGCCAUAUCCUUCCCAUGCAUUCUAAUGUAAGUUGUUAUUGUCGUAUUAUGUCGCAAAAUUC